UAAAUUCAAUAUUCUUUUAAUUAUUUGUUUUAAAAUAUAUAUAAAAUUUUUGUUUCUUCUCCUACUUCUAUAUUGGUUCCAUGUGAGGUGGUUACUAAAGGCUAGAAACUAGAGUAUACUUGAACACAUAUAAAAGGAAGCAUUACACCAACAUUUAUUUCUGCAAUUACAACAUCCUCUGAUCCAGAUCUCUUCAUUCUUAGCUGCUUCUUCAUCUUUCUUCAUAAGUGAAAAGAUAAAAAAAAAAAUGAACAAAGCAGCCUUAGCUUUAGUUACUACUCUUCUAGGAUUAUGUUACCUUAACACUAGUGUUCAUGCUUUUGUUGCUUCUGGAUGGCAAAAGGCUCAUGCCACUUUCUAUGGCGGUGGCGACGCUUCUGGAACUAUGGGAGGAGCUUGUGGAUAUGGUAACUUGUACUCUGCAGGGUAUGGGACAAGGACCGCGGCUUUGAGUACUGCGUUGUUUAAUAAUGGUGCAUCGUGUGGACAAUGCUAUAAGAUCAUGUGUGACUAUAAGACUGAUCCGCAGUGGUGCAAGAAGGGAGUUUCCGUAACUAUUACCGCGACUAACUUCUGCCCUCCGAACUUUGCCUUGCCAAAUAACGCUGGAGGUUGGUGUAAUCCUCCUCUACAGCACUUUGACAUGGCACAACCUGCUUGGGAGAAGAUUGGCAUCUAUAGAGGUGGAAUCAUUCCUGUCAUGUUCCAAAGGGUACCUUGCAAGAAGCAUGGAGGAGUGAGAUUUGCCAUCAAUGGAAGGGACUACUUUGAGCUAGUUUUGAUCAGCAAUGUAGCAUCAGCAGGAUCUAUCCAAUCUGUUUCAAUCAAAGGAUCAAAAACUAAUAACUGGAUGGCGAUGUCUCGAAACUGGGGAGCUAACUGGCAAUCAUUGGCCUAUCUCAAUGGACAAUCUCUUUCCUUCAGAGUCACAAUAACUGAUGGCCAAACCCAAGUUUUUAACGACAUUAUUCCUGCUAAUUGGCAAUUUGGACAAACUUUUUCGAGUCGAGUACAGUUCCACUAAUAUUAUGGGGCGCGCUUACAGUACAGUUUGUGGGUGAUAGAGUAUUAAACUAUUCCUGGGACUCCAGUCAUCAGCUUAAGCUUUAUAAGUGGGUUUAAGCCACCGAAAUUCUUGAUAGGCAGAGGCGUGCUCAUUGCUUGUUUUUCCCCUUUGAAGCAGCCCGCCAAAUCUAUCAGUUGUAAUAUAUUAAGUGGCAUUGAUUUUCAUUGGAAGGUUGGUGGUUAAAAAUGGAGGCAAACCCACAAACUCAAAGCUACUGUUAGUGAAUGAAUUUGCAAGAGGAAAAAAAAAGGUGGGAAUUUUAAGUUACCCAUACUAUAGUUUUAUACAUAUUUAAGUUGGGAGGAUGUUUUCGUGCAUCAAAUAAGAAAGCAACCACUAAUUUUAUUGCUUUCACAAUAUACAUAGUAUAUCUUUGUAAUUUCUUUUGGUUUGUUUUGUGUAUUCAGUAAGAGUAAAUUCUUUAGUUUAUGGAUUCA